GUAAAAAUCAAGACGGUUCUCUCGGAGCUACUGGCCAACACGGGUACGGUUAAUAUGCUUAAGUGAUCUUGCUAAAGAUGCUAUUUAAGUUAAUUUCACCACCCCCUGGAGAAGCUCAAAUGGGAAAUGCAUAAGUAUUCAGAUCAGUUGUUUGCUGGAUCAGUGUGGCGUGAAGUGCGAGGAAUAGUGUUUGGCAUGGUUGAAUUGUGAUAAGGAUCGAAGUCUGCUGGACGUUUUAUAUCCUGUUCAGGAUCGUGAUCGGGAUCCAAAAAUUGGAGUGUGAAGUAUCUAAAGAAGAGCUAAGAUAAAAGGCUCCGCUGGUAGCCACUCAUUCGAGAAAGUAUAUAUUUUUACAGUGAAGUGUGAAGAGUUGAUCCUUUCUCAAAAUGGGGGGACUUAAUGUGGACGAUGUGAAAAUAUCCCUGCAGCGUUUCGGCUGGCCUGAUUAUGUUGUGUUUGUGAUGAUGUUAAUAAGUUGUGCAAUGAUUGGUAUAUAUUUUGGUUUUGUGAAAAAGAAUCCAAAAAAGUGCAAGGAAGCUGAGGCUGAUUAUCUGGUUGGUGGUAGGAAGAUGAAAGUAUUCCCAGUAGCAAUGUCGCUGAUAGCAAGCUUCAUAUCCGGCAUUACUCUUCUCGGAACACCAACGGAAAUUUAUUUGUACGGCACCCAGUAUAUGUUUAUCGUUUUUGGGGUGAUCAUGAUGGGGGUUAUAAUGAUGUACGUUUACCUGCCAGUCUUCCACGAUUUAAAACUUACAUCAACCUAUCAGUAUUUAGAAACCCGAUUCGACAAGAGGAUGCGAUUGUUUGGUUCAAUUCUAUUCACACUAGGCACGCUCGUUUGGUUACCAAUUGUGAUCUAUGUUCCUGCGCUUGCCUUCAAUCAAGUCACUGGAGUCAAUGUUCAUCUUAUUACUCCCAUAGUUUGCCUUGUUUGCAUCUUCUAUACGUGUGUGGGUGGUCUCAAAGCAGUCGUGUGGACCGAUGUUGUUCAGACCUUAAUUAUGUUUGGCGCAAUGAUCCUUAUCAUUGUUAAAGGUACCUUGGAUGUUGGUGGAAUAGGAAAUGUGUGGAGUCGAGCAUGGGACAGUGGUAGAAUUGAAGCUCCAGACCUAGCCUUUGACUUAAAAUCCAGGCACACAGUAUGGUCAGUCACCUUGGGAGCUUCCGCACAAUGGCUCAAAAGCAAUGCAGUAAGUCAAAAUAUGAUCCAGAGGUAUUUGUCACUCCCUACAAUACGUAGUGCAAGAAGAGCUCUUUGGUUCUUCAUCGUUGGAGUUUUGCUGAUGGUCGCUACUUGCUCUUACUGCGGGUUAUUGAUUUAUGCCACAUAUUUUGAUUGCGAUCCCUUAGUUACUAAGCUUGCCAGUGCCAAAGACCAGCUAUUGCCUCUACUAGUUACCCAAAGUUUAGGCGACUACCCAGGUUUACCAGGACUCUUCGUCGCAGGAGUGUUUAGUGCAGCACUGAGUUCAUUAUCUACAGGGCUGAAUUCAAUGUCCGCUGUUGUUCUGGAAGAUUUCUUCAAGAGUUUCUGCAAACAUCCUUUGAGUCAACGUCAAACUGCCUUCAUCAUGAGAGCAGUUGUAGUCGUCUUUGGAGCAAUAUGCGUCUGCCUAGUUUUCGUUGUGGAAAAACUAGGAACCGUAUUGCAAUUAUCGAUCAGUCUAAGUGCAGUAUCUAAUGGGCCUUUGUUAGGAAUAUUUACAAUGGGAGUGAUGGUACCAUGGGUAGAAGGAAAGGGCGCGAUGAUCGGAGGUGCUACAGGAUUAGCAAUAGCAGCGUGGAUAUGUGCAAAGGCUCAGGCCGCAAUUGCGAUCGGCGAACUUGCAUUCCAACCCAAACCUAUCUCAACAACUGGAUGCAGCUACACUUUCAUGCCUACAAACCCGAUGAGUAUGCUAGCGAUCAAUGUCACUGAACCUCCAAUUUUAGAGCCAGAGUUCGAUUCAUCUGAAUUUAAGUUUUACCACAUUUCCUACCUGUGGUACACAUUAUUUGGUUGCCUGAUAACGAUUGCAGUUUCCCUGAUUGCGUCAUAUUUCAUUGGACCAAAUAAACCAAGUGAAAUGAAUCAGGAUCUUUUUGCACCGUUUGUGCGAAGCAUUAUUCGAAGAACGAACGAUCAUGUUUCCAAUGAGGGUCACUUUAAGCCGAUCGAGAGAGAAAAGGACAUGUUUUCGAAUACAAUAGGUUUAAAGGUUCUCAAUGAUAGGAUAGAGUGUGAAGCAUGACUAAGAACAACUUAAGUUAAUGUUACGUUAUUUAUGUUAGAUUGUAAGAUAUACUUAAGAUAAAUCUAAUUGAACUACUUUGAAUAAAUUUACAAAUCUGAAA